GCGGCGGGGGCGCGGGCGCCGCCUCUGGCAGAAGCAGAGCGUGGGAGGCGAUAUGCCGGGAGAGGCUGCCGUUUUUGUUUGCGUCCACGGCGCUCGGUGUGCUCACUGUCUUGUCGGGCGGCCUGGUUGUGUUCAUGGUGAGGCUGAGUGCCAGGGCUCCAAACAUCGCAGGCCGUGAUCCAGGGUGGCCCGUGUGCACUCGUGUUGCAGCCAAGUUGUGUUUUUUCAUUAGCUCAAUUUACUUUCUGGAGUACCUGUAUAUCGCGCACUACUGUGGUGAACUUCUGUUGCUCGUGGUGCCACAGGUCACUGGCGUGCCACAUGUUGGGCUUCGAAACCUCUUCUGGUUGUUCAGCCGGGGAGCAACCAUCAUUGUAUACAUGCCUAAUCUCCCCGCAUGCAGCUCCCAUACCCCUGCCCAUCCCCGCCUGUCUCACCGAAGUGCU